AUGGCCGCUCCGGUAGCCAACACUUCGUCUGGCCGUGAUCUCCCGUCGCUAUCCAACGAGGAGCAAGCACUAUAUCCAGAACCUUGGAAUGGGUCGACGAUUUAUACGGUCAACGAGAGUGAGAGUGCCAGUGACUCAGAAUAUGAAAACAUUGCGAGUGAUCAAGACAAUCCCACAGCUUUCAUAUCACCUGUUUCAUCACGGCAUCGCAUAUCGCUGAUUCCUCCCUCGCCGCAGCUUGAUGCUGCCUCUGAAGACACAUUCUGGCUCGGUCACGACACUCGUCGUUCUCAUAGACGCACGGUGCGGCUUCCAUUCGACCUAAGUACCGAUUGGUACCUCGGUGGUGGCGGCAAUGUAUUUUGGGGAUUCCAUCGGCAACGCCGACGGCACGCAAUCCCCGGUACAUACGGCACACUAGAUCAGUCGACACCGCAGGCUCAUUUGCGGCAUGGAGACUCGUCUUCGCGUGCUUUAGGUCCUGUGGGAUUCCGCACGCAAAGCACGUUUCGCACGAUGGAAAGCCCUGAUCCGCUUUUGCAACAGCCAGCAUCCCCGGCACCUAAUACACGUCCCAUGCUGGAGCAUGCGUUUCGCCCAACGACACAGGUCAUUGACGAACUGCUGAGCAGUUCGCCACGACGCUUGUGUGUCUUGAUAUGGAUUCCUGUGCUGCUCGUUCUAUUAUGGUGUGGCAUGCCUUUUCCUCUGGACGAUGGAGAUCCACGCUCUUCUAAUGCCACAUUCUGGUUUUUCUUACUUUGGUACUAUGGAUGCUACGUGUCUGUGGCCUUGAUCUUUGUGACGCAGCUCUUCACAUUGUAUCGCUUAAACUGGUGGCCUGCUUCGAUCGGUGCUCGUAUGUCAUACACAUUUUUCUGGGUCUUGAGCCUCUGGAUUGGCUACAUCAUUCACAAGCUUGAGCCAACGAAUUCUCGAGACAAAACGUCCCACGCGACGAACAAAGCGCAUAAGCAUGAACCGGAGUGGCAGCUUAAAACUGAAUGGGUUUUGCUUACUUUUGCGACAAUGUCGAUGCCAGCUUUCGUGUGCCUGAUUGGACUUCGAAGAAGUGGUCGCCAACGGUAUCGCUUAUCAGUCACAGACGUGCAAAAGCCCUUCGCCUCGACAGAGGCGGCGUGGCGUAUUCCUUCAUCAUAUCGACGCUUUCUUUGGUUCAUGGCCAGCUUGGGACUGUCGCUCUUCACUCUACUUGCCGGACAAAGCUAUGCCAUCGUGUACAUGAAUACUUUGCCUCACACUGGCACCGACGGCACACUUUACGUGGCAUUUUGGAUGCUCACCGUACACGUUCUGAGCGCGAUUGUGCAGUGGAUCAUGUCCGAAAAAGUGCGCAGCCGAGCGUUACUGUUCGCUUUCAAGUACUACUAUUUCAUGGUGUACUUCAUAUUUUAUCGUAACCUAUUCGCCCGGCUGCGCAGCUUUGAUCAAUUUGCUCUGAUUCAGCUUCUUAGCUCAACCUGGGUGUGUUUGUGGUAUCCAUUCUGCAUGUCACAGACAUGGCUAUGGAUCUUGAAUCGAUUCAGUUCACGUCCAAUCUCACAUGGCAUGCAUGUUGAGAAAAUCAGCUUGUAUUUUUAUUUACGUACCAUUGCACAACACACAACGAUGCUAGCCUUUCUCGGAUGGCUUUCACUUCUUCAUUUUGGUAUCAACCAGCCAUUAUACCCAUUUUUUGCGUUUGAUGACAAUGAUCCCUAUAAUUACCGCCUUACCAUGCUCGGCUCCUUGGCUAUCUGGGCCUCAGAGAUGAUAUCCAAUCUUUUCACAGCUCUACUGUGUCGUGCAUUCUAUGGCGUGCAUGCCGCGCAUCUCGGUCUUGCCGAGAUGCGCCUCUACCCUGAGCUGGUUCCAACGCUUGUCUGGACGAGUCUGCAUGUGUUAAUGAACAUGCUCUUUUUCUUGAUCGUACGUGUGUUCAUCUACAAUAUGUUGAGAAGUAAGCAUGGCCGCUCACAUAUACAUCCCAGAAACUUGACUUCUAGCUUGCUCUCUCAAUCCAUGAGUCAGCUUCUUCCGUGGGCCUAUGAUCCCCUUCGAUGCUCUCGUGCGAUUUAUACCUACUGA